AUGACUUCCAUUCAUAAGCUACCUUCCAAAGUCUACAAUGACAUCUUGUCCGGAAAGACGAUGCAACUGCAGGUAUACUGUGCUAAAGAAUUAAUUGAGAACUCGCUAGAUUCAAAUUGCACCACGGUAACUAUUCAGGUUGAUCAUAAAACUUGUGGGUUGAACUAUAUGGCUGUAACAGACAAUGGUACUGGGAUUGCAGAUGGUGACCGCCCAUUGGUUUGCCAACCUAAUCACACCCUGAAAAUCAAGAGCUUAGGUGAUUUGACUGAGGAAUCAUUCUGUACGUUUGGCUUCAGAGGUGAAGGAUUAUUUUUUUUGAGGCAAUUAUCCAAGAGUGGAACUUUCAGUAUAUCUACUAAAACGGCUACCGAUAAGUUUGGUAUGGAGUGGUCGAUAGACGCUACUACAGGAAAGAUGUUGUUGUUGAACCGAAAAGUAGUCACGGGUGAUUUUGGCACUAAAGUUACCAUUACAGGGCUUUUCUUUCAUUUUCCAGUACGAUAUAAAAUUCUAUGCAAGGAUCCAUCUUCCAGCGUAUCCAAGUUAAAAGAAAUGCUAGUCUCGUACUCCAUUUGCCAUCCCAGCGUAAGAUUUUACCUCAAGUUCGUUGAUUACAACCCCAGUUCUAGAAAAUGCAUAUCUAGUAAAAAAUGCAAAGAUCAAGUAUUCACAUCGGGUACCCUGCUGCUUAAUAGCAUUUCUAUCUUUUUGCCCAAAAUUGCAAACUUGGAAAGGAAAUUCACUAGUUUUAAAUGUGAAAGCCCAGUUGGGUUCGGCUGCGAAAUCAACAUCAACAUGCACAUCUGUGCCAACAAUAUCUACUCUUCCAAAGGUUUGAGAGUACUAGCGAUAAACAAAAGACCAGUAAUGGAGGAUGGGCUUGAUUCUAUCUACAAAAAAGUUAGUAAAGUGGUAUCUUCAGUAUGUCAAGAAUUUAGCCAUCAGACUCUAUCAAUUUGGGUUGUCCAUAUAUCUAAUGUCCCCAAUAAGUUUCUAGAUUACAAUAUAGAGCCAAGUAAAACAGAUAUUUGUUUUACCAAUCCAGAAUUGGAAAUUGCUAUUCUUGACUCGUUGAAUCGCCAAUUAAGAAAGCAACUUGUGAUAGCCUUGGAAAAUCAGAUAGAAGCUCAGACCCUUCCGAAAGAUGAGAUAGCUGAUGGGGGUCACUUAGAAGAAGAAAUUUCGAUGGAAUCGUCGACAAUACAAACAACGAAAGACAGCUCAUUCUCUGAAAAGGAAUCAGAGUUGCAAAAUCCAAUUGCUGAUGAGUGGAGCUUUACUAUGCAUGACUUUGAAUCAGUUCCAAGUGAUGCGGUAAAUCAGCAGAGACCUUCCCAGGACUCUAGCUUCUCAAAUGAAGAUUUAACAAUAUCUAAAAGCGUAAGUUUGUCGAAUCCUUUUAUUAUUACAAAAGUGAAGACAACAAAUUUACAACAACAACCUUUGGUAACAGAUCUUAUAAGGCCAAUCCUAAAGCGUAAAUGUCAAACCAAAAGACAGUUGGCAUUUCUUUGCUCAAGCACUCCGAAGCAAACUCUGGAUAAACGAAGUUUACCUUCGGAGUGUUUGACAGAAAUUGUGGAAGACAGUAGCAAUCAACAAAUACAAGCAGUUCCAACCAAAGACAAAAGUAGCCAGACAAACUUAAAGUCGCUUAUUAAUAAGAACCAAUGUGAAUAUGGGACAGCGGUUCAUAACUUAGCAGGGUAUCUCGAUACAAGGUCUUAUGACAUUAUUGAGCUGGCAGCUGGUGAUAAGACACUAUUAGACCACACCAAAACCCAAGCUUCAUCAGAUGAAAAUCCAUCAGAGCAUAUAGUUCAGUUUCUUACAUCAUUCGUUGGUGGGUCCAAGAAGCUGUUGUUGCAAAAGGUGGACGAAGGAUGGUUUUCAUGGGGUCUUGAAAUAUGCAACAGUCGUGCGGCGUGA